AUGACAGAGACUUUCCAUGGUUACAUAGAAACUACACAAGAUGUUUUACUUAUUUUUGAAGGCUGUAGAAGAGGUUUAAUUCCACGAGUUUGUAGAAGAUUACAAGAAAAGGAAAGACGAAUGAUACGAUCUGGCUCAGUCUUUGUAUUUGACGAACGAGAAUCAGGUAUUAAACGAUGGACAGAUGGACUUGUUUGGAGUCCUUCUCGUAUUCUUGGUAAUUUUUUAAUUUAUCGAGAACUUGAUAAACGAGUUCCAGGAGAUAAAAAAUUAUCUAUUUCAAGUCAUGAUGCAAGACAAAGAAGUUAUAGUGCAGAUCAAUCAGCAAUGGGUGGUAUAUCAACUGAUCGUAGUCGUGAACGUAGAUUGGUCGGUAGUCUUUCCGAUUCUUAUCGUUUUCGAAAAGACGGUUUAAUAAAGAAGACAAUGUCUAUCAUCGUCAAUGGCGUACCACAGCAUUUAAUUUCUUAUUAUCUUCCUAGUGAUAUUAUUGCAAAUAAGUUACGUACUCCUUCUUCUGUUCCAGAAUUAGCAAGUCUUGAAAUUUCUCCAGAUUUACUCGUCAAACAAAACUUUAGAAUACCUCCAAUGGUUGAACCUUCUUUUGAUCAAAAUGAAACUACUUUGACAGCUGGUAUAUAUUUAUAUACAAUUAAAAAGUUGAUAUGUAUUAAUUAG